AUGACGGACAUCGUUGGUGAUCUCAAGAAGCAGACUGGCGCGCUGCAAUCAAGCGUCAACAGUGUGGCUAAGACUGCAGGUAGUACACCCGUAGCAGCAAAGAAGACCGUAUCGACCCCAGCUAAAGCUACACCAUCCGCCGCAUCGAAGACGACACCCAUUCCCCCUGUUAAGAAGGCCGCCGCAAGCACAACUACACCAGUAGUUAAGCCGAGGACACCGCUAGGUACACAGAAGAAACUGCCUGUUCGCAAGGCUCCUGCUGCUACCACCACAACAUCCACGCCCUUGAAGAAGACCGCAGCUACCACUACCUCCACAGGAAAGACUGUGGUUAGCAACGCCUCGAAGCCUUCAACUACAACUGGAACAACCGUCACUAAGAAGGUGACAGCCACAGACUCUACCACGACACCAGUUAAGAGGGUCCCAAGAAAGCUGAAUGCGGCUGGAUCAAAGCCAGCCACAACAACAACUGGGGCGUCCAAGCCCGCCAGCACAUUACCGGUGGGCACAGGACCUACACCUACCAAAACUACAGCCAAUCCACCCAAAUCCGCGGCCAACUCUGCCACUAAGUCUGCCACGACCCCAGUGAAGGCUACCCCGGUGAAGAAGAAUGUCGAUGGCCAAGCUGCUCCAUUACCCAAGAAGAACAUCGUCUCUCGCGGCGCUGGCGCUGCUUCGAGCGGCGUGAACACCACCGUAGGCGCCACCACCGGCAUUGUGAACACAGUCACCGACUCCGCAACUGCCGGCGUCAACACUGGUAUCAAUGGGGCCACAGGUAUGGUAGGCAAUGGGCUUGAUCGGCUUCCCGGCGGCGUAGGCAAGCCCGUGAAGCAUGUGACUGAUGGCGUGGGCAAGACGGCCACCGGCGCAGCCGAUAAUCUGUACUACACUGCUGGCGCGGCCACAAAGGGCGUACAGGGCACAGUGUCUAAGACUACUGGUGCAUUAAGCAGAGGUGAUGUCCGUGGCACCGUUGCUGGCGCCACUUCAGGCGUCGGCAACACAGUCAAGGGCACUGGGAAAGGAUUGGGAACUACGGUUGGUGAUGGUCUUGGAGGCGUAGGCAAGACUGUCGGAGGACCUGUAGGAGGCAUCGUCGGAAAUGUCGGUAAAGGUGCCUCGAACGCCGUGAGCGGUAUCACUGGCGGACUCGGCGACGGUGUGGGCAAGCUUGGAAAAGGCGAUGUCAUUGGCGGCGUCGGCAGCACGCUUGGUGGUGUUGGGAAGGGCGUUGGUGGCCUUCUCUCUGGAGUCACUGGCUACGGUCAGAAUGAAGGCGAGAAGAUCAAUGCGCCGGAGGGCAAAAAGGAAGGGAUGUUCUUCUGA